CAUAAGAUAGGUACACGAGGAAGUUGUAGUGACCUUUCGUGUCCUUAAAACAUCAGUUUCCUACUGACUGUGAAGUCGACGACGUGAGAUUCUACUGAUAUUUCCGUAGCUUAUAAAAUUUUCUCCUGUUAAAUCCGUGUUUGACUUUAACAACUGGAAAAAGCCCGCCAAAAUGGUCUGGAUUACCGCCGACGAUAAGAUGGCUGGGAAGCCAAAUACUCAAGCUUUGUAUGCUCAAAGCCACUUGGACCACAUGUGUGCCCUCGACAUCGAAAGCGGGGGAUCGUUUGUGCGCCUUUCUGGAAUUAUUUGCACAAUUGGACCGGCCUCGAGAUCCGUCGAAACCCUCGAGAAGAUGAUCGACACGGGUAUGAACAUCGCUCGAAUGAACUUCUCCCAUGGAUCCCAUGAAUACCAUGCCGAGACCAUCCGUAACGUUCGAGAAGCCCAGAAGAAGUUCUCUGCCCGCAGCGGCAUUAAUACCCCUGUGGCAAUUGCUCUUGACACCAAAGGUCCUGAGAUUCGUACAGGGCUCCUGGAAGGCGGCGGGUCCGCUGAAGUAGAGUUAGUGAAGGGCCAGACUUUCAAACUGACCACUGAUAAGUCAUACGCCGAGAAGGGAAACAAAGAUGUAGUGUACGUCGAUUAUGAUAAUAUCACGAAGGUAUUGAAGGUUGGAAAUCGUGUUUUCGUUGAUGACGGGUUGAUUUCCCUAAUCGUCGCUACCGUCAAUCCCGAUAGCAUUAGCACUACCGUGGAGAACGGUGGCAUGCUAGGCUCCCGCAAAGGUGUCAACCUGCCAGGUGUACCAGUAGAUUUACCAGCCGUCUCCGAAAAGGACAAGUCCGAUUUGCAGUUCGGUGUUGAACAAGAGGUCGACAUGAUCUUCGCCUCGUUCAUUAGAAAUGCCGCAGCUUUAACAGAAAUUCGUUCGAUCCUUGGCGAGAAGGGAAAGAAGAUUAAAAUCAUCUCGAAGAUUGAGAAUCAACAGGGCAUGACGAACCUCGAUGAGAUCAUCGAAGCCUCUGAUGGCAUUAUGGUUGCUCGUGGUGAUCUUGGUAUUGAGAUCCCGCCCGAGAAAGUGAACCAAGCUCAGAAAUGCAUGAUCAGCAGGUGCAACAAAGUUGGCAAACCGGUGAUCUGCGCUACUCAGAUGCUUGAGUCUAUGGUGAAGAAACCGCGUGCUACCAGAGCUGAAACAUCUGAUGUUGCAAAUGCUAUUCUUGAUGGCGCUGAUUGCGUCAUGUUGUCAGGUGAAACUGCCAAAGGUGACUAUCCACUGGAAUGUGUUCGCACAAUGGCUAACAUCUGCAAGGAAGCAGAAGCUACCAUCUGGCAAACCCAGAUAUUUGGUGAUCUCUUAAGCAAAGCCAUACCCCCGAUCGAUGCAACUCAUGCAGUUGCAAUUGCUGCUGUCGAAGUAUCUAUGAAAUGUUUAUCCAGCGCUAUCAUAGUAAUCACGACUACCGGUCGUUCUGCACAUUUAAUUUCGAAGUACAGACCACGUUGCCCAAUUAUCGCGGUGACCAGAUUCGCUCAAGUAGCACGACAGGCUCACCUUCAUCGUGGUAUUCUGCCACUUUAUUACGAAGAGGCACCGUUGUCUGAUUGGAUAAAGGAUGUAGAUGUACGUGUUCAGUGCGGUUUGAACUUCGGCAAGAGCCGCGGUUUUAUUAAAACCGGAGAUUCAGUUGUCGUGGUCACUGGGUGGAAGCAAGGCUCAGGCUUCACGAAUACACUUCGUGUCGUGUACGUAGAUAUUGAAAUUCCUCGUGAUGAUGACGAAUGUACUGUUCGAAGUGUAACAGAUUCCUAUGAAGACAUGAUGAACGUUGAUUAAGUACAACUACUACUAGCUGAUUCGUAAGGAGAAACCUGGAUACAGUGAUUGUAGAUGUUGAAAAUUCAGUAUGUAUGUAACUUAUAUGUAUGAUGAACUUAGUAUAUUCUUUAAACGUUUUAAAAUUUGAAAAAAUGCCAGUAGCUACAGUAUUAUUUACUUGGCCUUAAGAAGGUCUGCAGUAAUACAGUACGAAGGAGACAUACGUUUACGUAUAUAUAAAUAAGUAUACUGUUACACGUAUGCAUACACGUUACAUUAACGAAUAGUUACAAUGAGGUAAUCAUUUGAAGCAAACUAUUGAAACUUGGCUUAUUAACAGUUUGAAGGACAUACGUUGGAUUCUCUAAUUUCUGUAUGAAGAUGAAUAAAAAGAAAAUUUAUUUUACUUUA